CGCGCUGCCAGAGCAGGCGGAGUCGGAAACGCGCAGCAGCGUCGGUCCGUCGGUGUCUGCGGCUCCGCGGCUUCUCUCGCCUCCUUCUCGGCUGUCGGAUCCUCCGGGGAGCGGCUUCUUCUUCUUCUAGCUCGCGGAUCUUCGGACUCGCGGACGGACGGACGUGGCGGGCAGCGCGGCGGGGACAGACCCGGCUCGCCUCCUCCUCCACCCGGUGCGGUGGAAAAACUCGGACGGAGGCCCGCAGUGUGCGCUCAGCCUCCCGCAGGCCUCCGACCCGGACCGCCGCUUUUCUCCCGAAAAAUGGACGGAUUCACCGGCAGUUUAGAUGACAGCAUGUCCGGUGCAAGUGUCUCAGAUGUCAACGACCGUCUCUCCGCUCUGGAGCUUCGUGUUCAGCAGCAGGAGGACGAGUUGACGGUCAUGAAAGCUGCUCUCGCCGACGUCCUUCGUCGUCUCGCCGCCUCUGAAGACUCCACUGCCUCUGCGACCAAGAAACAGCAAGGAGGAAAAGGUGGCGCUGCACUGCGUGAAGCUUACUCAAUGUCCUGUAUCGCUAACGGAGGAACAUCUGGACGAAAGAGAGACUCCACAUCCGUCACCAGGAGGGAGACGGUGUCUUCUGCCGCCAAGAGUGGAGCAGACAGGAAAAAGGAGGUCAGCAGCCAGCGUUCUCAGAUGGAGGAGAUCCAAGAGCGUGAGGAACCUCCUCAUCCAAAGGACCAGUCCCCCUCUCCCUCGUCCCCCCACCCUCCCCAAACCCCUCAGACAGCCCAGACGCAGAGACCAGCCCAGUCCGCCGACGGCAGUAAAGGCCACGCUCCUCCUAAAAGGGGACCCAGUGUGAAGCGGUCCUCGGGUAUGGAGCGUUCUCAGAGCAGCACCUGGGACAGUUCAGAGGAAAACAGGAACAAACUGGUGAAAGCUGCGUCCACCUCCAAACUGCUGGCCAAAGUGGUGAAAAACUCUGAGAGACACAAAGACCCAGUGGUCAGUCAAGCUAAAAUGUCGACCCGAGAGAAAAACAGCCAAGCCGAGGGAAAUCACAUUAAGAUGUUCAUGCGUGGUCGACCCAUCACCAUGUUCAUCCCCUCAGAUGUGGAGAACUACGAGGACGUUCGGACGGAACUUCCUUCAGAGCGACUGAAGCUGGAGUGGGUGUACGGUUAUCGUGGCAGAGACUGCAGAGCAAACGUCUACCUCCUUCCAACCGGAGAGAUCGUUUACUUCAUUGCCUCCGUCGUGGUUUUGUUUAACUACGAAGAGCGAACUCAGAGACAUUACCUCGGACACACCGACUGCGUCAAGUGUCUGGCCAUCCAUCCCGAUAAGAUCCGGAUUGCUACAGGACAGAUUGCAGGAGUGGACAAAGACGGACGGGCGCUGCAGCCUCAUGUCCGUAUCUGGGACAGCGUCAGUCUGUCCACGCUGCAGGUGGUCGGCCUGGGGACGUUCGAGCGAGGCGUCGGGUCUCUGGCUUUCUCCAAAGCUGACUCGGGACAGCACCUCAGUGUGAUAGACGACUGUAAUGACCACAUGCUGACCGUCUGGGAAUGGCAGAAAAAAUCAAAGAUCGCUGAGAUCAAGACUACUAACGAGGUGGUCCUGGCUGUGGAGUUCCACCCCACUGAGCCCAACACCAUCGUCACCUGCGGGAAGUCGCACAUCUUCUUCUGGACCUGGAGCGGGACGUCGCUGGCUCGAAAACAAGGAAUCUUUGGGAAAUACGAGAAGCCGAAGUUCGUCCAGUGUCUGGCCUUCCUGAGUACUGGAGAUAUCCUGACUGGAGACUCUGGAGGAGUCCUGCUGGUCUGGACCAGGAGCUCUGCUGAGACACCCACUGGAAAGGGACCUAGAGCGUUUCAGAUCAGCCGGCAGGUCAAAGGUCACGAGGGCAGUGUUUUCUGUAUGUGUGAGAUGAGGAGCGGCACUCUGCUGACCGGAGGAGGAAAAGACCGAAAAGUCGUCCUGUGGGACCAUGAACUGAGAGCUGACCGAGACAUCGAGGUCCCAGAUCAGUAUGGAGCCAUCCGCGCGGUGUCUGAGGGGAAGGGGGAGGAGUUUCUGGUCGGGACGUCUCGUAACUUCAUCUUGAGAGGAACCUUCAAUGACGGCUUCCUGGUGGAGGUCCAGGGUCACACGGAUGAGCUCUGGGGUUUGGCGUCUCACCCGUCCAGAGACAUGUUUCUGACCUGUGCCCAGGAUCGUCUGGUCUGUCUCUGGAACUCAGCGUCUCACAGUCUGCAGUGGAGCCGCACUCUGGAGGAACAUGGACACUGUGCAGACUUCCAUCCCAGCGGAGCCGUGGUUGCCAUAGGAACGCACUCGGGAAAGUGGUACGUUCUGGAUGCAGAGACCACAGACCUGGUGGCGAUCCACACCGACGGGAACGAGCAGCUGUCAGUGAUGCGUUUCUCUGUAGAUGGAAGUCUUCUGGCCGUUGGAUCCCACGAUAACUUCAUUUACCUCUACACCGUCUCCGAGCGAGGACGCAAGUACAGCCGAUACGGGAAGUGCACAGGACAUUCCAGCUACAUCACACACCUGGACUGGUCACCUGACAACAGCUUCAUCAUGUCCAACUCUGGAGACUAUGAGAUCCUGUACUGGGACGUUCCAAACGGUUGUAAACUGAUCAGGAAUCGAUCAGAGUGUAAAGACAUCGACUGGGCGACGUACACCUGUGUGCUGGGAUACCACGUGUUCGGUGUGUGGCCCGAGGGUUCAGAUGGCACCGACAUCAACGCUCUGAUCAGAUCGCACAACAGGAAGGUGAUUGCUCUGGCCGAUGACUUCUGUAAAGUUCACUUGUUUGCCUACCCAUGCUCCACCCCCAAGGCUCCCAGCCAUAAGUACAGCGCCCACAGCAGUCAUGUGACCAAUGUCAGCUUCCUGUAUAACGACAGUCACCUGAUCUCGACGGGGGGGAAGGACACCAGCAUCAUGCAGUGGCGUUUAGUGGAGAAAUCUUCGCUCUCUCUCACCGAUGGCCUCCUCUCUAACCCUUCCCCCCGACGGGCGGACCCCAUCUUCACCCCACCCCCUCCCACUGCCGCCGCCCCUGUACAGGAACCCGACCUUCCUCCAACAGCCAACGGGACCCAAGAACCCUCCCCAGAGACGCCGUCCCCCAUAGAACUAGCCCCGCCCACAUCAGAGUUAACACCACCUCACUCUGAGUCGACUCCGCCCCCCUCCGACAGCACAGUGAGUCUGAAGGACAGCCUGGAGCCAAGCGACGACACGGCUACGCCCAGUGAUGAGGGCCUGCCCCCCCUGACUCCUCCCUCAUAGAGUAUCUGUGUGUGUGUGUGUGUGUGUUGUGGUACAGCUAUGUUUGUGAGGACAUUUUGUAUCAGGACUUCAGAUGUAUGUUUGAGGGUUCACACAGGAUAUCAUCAUCUCUGAUGUCCCACCAAAAUAAACCUCCAGAAAUUCACAGAGAAGUGGCUGCAGAACUUCAUUCAGAAUUCUGCUGUUUUAAGUUUCCUUCAGAGUCACAGUGAUCCAGUGAGUCUGUUCAUCCACGGGUUCACAGCUGAUCACAGCUGCUCAAUCAGCUGAUUGAUUAAUGCCACAGUUUGGAGAUUAAGUGGAAUCAAGUCGAGUCCAGAACUGUUAGUGGUCCUGUUGUUAGUGUUGAGGGGGCGGGGCUACAGUCUGCUAGCGAGGGUCCUCACAAGUAUAGAAGUACAAAUGUGUGUGUGUGUGUGUUGGGACUCAAACCUAAACCUAUCCCACCAAUCAGCUGUGUCCAAAUAACUUUUCCUUAAGUUUCACAAACAUGUGAUGUCACAGUUUUAAACACCUGGAGAGUCUGAUUUACCUGAGAGGAGACUUUACCUGACACACACCUGGAGACUGUCAUCCUUAGUUUAGUUGUUUUCUGCCUGUCUGUCAGAGAGGGGCGGCACCUGGUGAAGGUGAAGAUGACCCACAAAAGUGAGAAUUUUUGUUUUUGAGUCAAAAUGCUUCAGUUUUACAAAACACAGUCUUGUGGGAUGAAAACUAUAGUACAGAUGAGACAGACGAGACAGACAAGACAGGUGUGUCUCAGGUAAAUUUUCUUCCAUUAGCAGAACAGGUGAGCAGGAAGUGUUCAGGUUAGAGUCUUAAAUGUCUUUAGAAACUUGUUGUUUUACUCUUUGCAGAGAGAAUCUGCCUCUAAUUGAGUUUUAAACAAAUGCCGAUUUUCGAUUCCUAAUAAGUAUUGAUCAAAGGAAGGAGCUGGGUUUCACAAUAAAAGCCUUUCACAAUGAAAGACACUUCAUUAAUCAGCCAAUCAUAAAGGUUCAUGUUCUUUAGUCUGUUUGGUUCAGAUUUUAAAUCUUUGAGAAGCUAUCACCUGAGGCAGGUGAGAAUCGGUCAUGAGAGUUGAGAUAUUGAGCUGAAGUAAACAGGAAGUAAACGAGAGUAAAGUGGAAACAUGGAACCUCCAGAGUAAAAGCUGUGACUGGCAUGUUUUGUUUUUAAAAAUCAGACACAUAAUCGACAGCAGUGGGUCAGAGUGAGACGUCUCUCUGUCAGAGGAUCUGUGUUUGUAUAUACUGCAGAUGUCUGUGUGUAUAUUUCUGUUCACCACCAGGGGGCAGCAGCUCCUCAGCUACACUGUAAAACUACAUCCAACACUCACAUCUCUCAGCCUGGCAGGUAACAGCGCACACAGGAUCCUCUCCUGUGAUUGGCUGGUUUUCUGUGACUCACUGAAUGACUGCUGACGAUGACUGUUUUUGUCUCUUCUGGACCAUUUCUGUUCAAACGUUUUCUGAAUGUCGGGAUGAUGAUGUCACUCCGGGGGGGGGGGGGGGGGGGGGGGGGGUCGUUGGAUUCAUGCCUUUUUAAUACUUGUCGGUUUAUCUUCGUCUUUUAUACACUUGUCUCGCUGAAGGGCUUGUACAGAGUUCAGGGAUUCUCCUGGAUGUUCAGGCAGGGACGGGGAUAGACGUACGGUGUGAUCUUAAAAUGCGGGGGGUGGGAUUGUGGGGAGGGGGAGGGUCUUUUGUGUGUGGGCGGGAUUAGGGGUGGGGUUUUGGGAGUUUCUGGAUUAAAGUGUUUAUUUUUCAGCAUUCAGUAACGACAUUGAUAUUCAUGAUGCUAAUGACGACGAUGUUCAUGUGACUGUUUUGAGCCAAUCAUGUCUUCUCUCAUGCAUUCCUGUCAGACGACAGACUGUAGUGAAGAUUUCAACAAAAAAAAUGCAAAUAAAUAUUUAGAAAACUG